AUGCGUUUACGAGAUGCAUGUACCUGCUCCCAAUGCGUUGACCCAUCCACUAAGCAACGCAACUUCUUGACGUCGGACCUUUCCCCAGAUGUGAAACCAAAAGAUUUAAGGAUGGAGGGCGACAAGGUGACCGUAACAUGGACGGGCAGUCUCGCUAACCCCGAAGAAGAGCACGUUUCGACGUACAGCACAAAACAGCUCCGGAAUCUAAAUACCCCUCGACCUGCGCGUCACUACCGCGGUGGACCGACAAAAAUUGUGUGGGACAAGGCAACGUUUGAGAAAAAUCAACACUGGAUCUCCUUUGAUGAAUAUAUGAACGAUGACGUGAAGUUCGGGUUAGUCAUGCGCAGUUUGUACAGAUAUGGCCUGGCCUUCGUCAAAAACGUUCCUGAGUCAACCGAGAGCGUGUCUCAGAUUGCGACGAGGAUGGGACCGUUACGCAAUUCGUUUUACGGCCUCACCUGGGACGUUCGCAGUGUACCAGAAGCCAAAAACGUAGCCUACACAAAUAAAUUCCUUGGAUUUCAUAUGGAUCUUCUGUACAUGGCCGAUCCCCCUGCUUAUCAAUUGCUGCAUUGCAUGAACAAUUCCCUUCCUGGCGGAGAGUCCAUGUUUGUAGAUACUUUCCGUGCGGCACAACGUUUAUCGGAAGACGAUAGAAAGACGCUGUCUGAUGUUGCGCUUCACUACGGCUACUUUAAUGACGGCCAAAGUUACGAAUAUAGCCGCCCGACGAUCCAGCUGGAUAAAUCCGGAGGUUUAGAGUAUGUGAAUUAUUCACCGCCAUUCCAGGCUCCGCACUUCACACCGGCUGAUUACCCAAUGCAACAACUGGCCGAAUCCUUACGCAAGUUCUCAGACCUCCUGCAAGAUCCAGAAGGCAUGUUUGAAUUGAAGUUGCGGCCAGGAGAAUGUGUUAUUUUUGCAAAUAGACGUGUGGCUCAUGCCCGAAGGGCAUUUGAUUUGUCACAGAGUGAUGGCCGGAAGCGUUCUCGCUGGCUACGUGGUGCAUACGUGGAUGAGGAUGCUCUACUGUCAAAGUUUGAUAUCUUUCGUGCCAAAAACCUUCAAGAGUGGGAUGUCGCCACGUCAGACCAGGGUGUGCAACCAGCAAUCAACAUAAAAUAG